CUAACAGUUUGGCAGUAAAUUAUGAAAAGUCCUUGAGAUCUAGUCUCGUAAGGAGUGCGGCUACGUCAUCGACGGUAUUUUUGUAGGUAUGUAUACCGCUAGCUUUGGCAUGAUUGGCCAACAAAGCCUUGUCGGCGGCCAUUUUGUUCAAUGCUGAGUCACCAAAAGGUGAAAAAUAUACAUGAAGCGCACUCCCCACGAGACUAUACAACGGUAUUGGGCAUUUCCCUCGUGAACACAAAAUUUGGGAUUCAUGUUCCCUCAAACUAUGCGUGAGGAUAGGAGAUAUUUCUGUAAUUUUUAUCCUGAAGGAUUUUCUUCAGUUUUGAAAAAGUUUUGACGAAUAAUAAUAUAAACAACUAGGAAGUUUCAAAAAGUUGCAAACAACAAGACGGAAGUUUGUUUUCCACCUUACCCUUAGUCGCCGCAGGUCGUCGCCGGCAUACACACGUUCGGGCGUAACUGAAUUUCUAAAAAAAUAAUUGUGUUGAAUAAACAACGAUCGCAUAUUUUAUGAAAGGAUUGAAAUAAUUACCUGUCAAGUUUUGAGUGCAGUUAUUACGGAGUGCAGUGUUAGUGCAAGUGUUUACGUAGCUUUCAGAAGCUAAUGUCACAAACGGACAUAUGAUGUAGUCGUGCCCAUCUCCUGGAUCUCAUGGACUAGUUGAGUACCGUGACUUAAGAAAACUCCAAUAUGACGGAAACCACGCUAGUGAAGGUGAAAACUGAGCGGCCCGAUGAGGCAGAGAUCAGGGAGUUGGCUGCAAAGAUGGUGGAGGCUAAUAAAGCGAAGGCACUAGCAGCUUCUGCAGCGGUGCCUCGUCCUCCACCGGGUUUGGCGGGAGCGGCACCAGUCGGUCCCGGGGGACAGAUGGGCAUCCUUAAUUACUUAAAUCGAAAGAACGGUGUAUCAAUUGAGUUGCAGCGGCCAACUUCUGACGAUAAAAAGACGCCGGCCCCUGAUGAAGCUAGUUAUAAAGGCCAUUUCGGUUGGGACAUGCUUGGCAAGUGUCAUAUACCUUACAUCUACCGGUCCGGCGAAAAGUAUGUUGCCGUUCGCAUGGUGGAGAUAAAACUUCUCAACAAGUACCUGAACUAUCUACACGCCGACAUUUACUCCUGUACGUGUAUCAGGAGCUAUUAUAUCACAGAAGUCGAAGCGCGGCUUCUCAACGAGAUAAACACGCGACAUUGUGACGGUCAGUUUGGUCGUGAUGCAUUCACGCAGAAGGAUUUAGUUGUGAGACUUUCGGACGCUUACGAGUUUUAUAAUUUCUUGGACGUUUGCUACAACAAAUUGUUACGUGGUACGACUAAUAACAAGGACAAGUGUGGCUUCAUUAGGAUAAAUAAGGAGUCGGUGGUGCCGUACACAGUGCGAGAUAAUCAGAAAUUUGUUCCAUUAUUUUAUUUUGAAGGUGAAACGGACAAUUUAAAGUUGAAAGCGGAUCAGCUGAAAGGCUGGGACCUGUCGUAUUUGAAAUUCUGCUGUAAAGUGCAAGGAAUACGGAAUGAACUGUUUGCUAGCGAAACUUGUUCUGUGAUCAGUUUGACGGAUAUUAAAAGCUACUUCCCGCCAGGAACAGAAUUCGAGGAGUAUUGGCCCAACAAAGUUGUGGAGUCGCAGCUACUAAUAUCAGCCAAAGGGUCUGCCUCAGGCGGUGGGCAAUGGACGCGUGCGCCACCCGCACCGCCGCCGGGCGCGAGCGCCAGUGCGCACUCGGCGGGCGGGGUGGGUGGUGCGGGUGCGGCGGCUGCAAUGGGCGGAGCGCGCGGGAGGCGGCCGCAAGCGCGGCACUCGCCCGCAGCUGCAGCUGCUGCGUUACAGUUGCCUCACGGGGGCAUCACCGCUGCUGCUGUUCAGGCUCUCGCCAACAACUGGAACCUGCCCGCUGCGCUCUCGCAGGCGCAGACGCAGCAGGUGCUGCGGCUCGCACAGGCACAGGUGGCUGCGCAGGCGCAGGCGGCGGCGCGCUACAACCUGGCGGCCAGCAUGCCGCAGCACCGGUCGCAGCACCAGCGUAAUGUGCAAUUUCCGAACAGUUCAAUAACAAUGGCGAUGGCGCAGCAGCCGCCCCCACCUCUGGUGCGGAGCACUGCGAACACCACCACCAUGAAUGUGCCACCGCAAGUCACUGGGACAAUGAAUGGCCACUCAACCUCUCUGUCCGUGGAGCCGCGCAAAAGGCUUACCCCUAUAGCAGACAUCAAUACAAAUGGCAGCCAUACGCCGUAUAAGGUGCAAAAAGCACUGGUGGAGAAUACGAUGGUGCCGUGCAUCAACGCGAAGCCCUACCAGUAUACAGAGUUGCUGAUGACUCUGCCCGACCUCGCCAGCCACUUCUUCCCCCGCGUGCCACUUGCCACAUGCCGCUCUAUGCUCGAGGCACUCGGCCUCACACUAUACAGGCCCAACUCUACUCAACUACAAGUGUUACGGAACUCUGGUAAAUGUAAAUCUGCGGCGGCGGGAGAGAAUGGGCUCGCGUUGGUGCAGAUCCGCGACGUGAUGCAGCACAUGUUGCAGAUCAAGUACAUGCUGCGGUCAGGCAUGGCUAUGGAGGAGCACACGCAGCAGCAGCCGCCGCGACCUGCGCACGCGCAUCCCCCGCACGCCAAGCGCGCACGCGCAAACUGAACCCUCGACACAAUAACUACCAACCUACACACGUGCUGACAGAAGAUCACACAGACAAUGAAAAGAGAUCUCUCAAAAGAACUAAUAGCGUCAUCAAAGGUCUUCUUCAAAACAAUAAAUCAAUUUGCUGUUUGAAAACACCGUAAACCAGAUCUUUACAUGGUUGAAUACCAUUACGCUUGAAAAAAAAUCAUUCCAGCUAUUUGGUAAAUGGAAAGUUGGUUUUCUGUUUGCAAGAUACUUCUGUGUUUUUGUCUGAUGUCCUGAAAAAUCUAUCUUUAAAAAGCUGGCCAAUCUUUCUGAUGAUUAACAAGAAUAGAAAUUUGUAAAAAAGUAAACCGUUUGUUGGCGCAACACAAUCUGAUAUAGUAAAUUUGUGGAAAAGUACCAGUGAAUUAAUUUAAGGAAAGGAAGUGGCUGAGACGUGAUGAACCUUGACACACUUUGUGUCAAUGUCAGUGUAACUAACUGAGAUUUGACUAAACUCAAGUGCGUAAGAACUCCAUCAGUGCAAAUAAACUUUUAUUACUUAU